CCUCUCUAAAUGUCAAAUUCCAACUUUUAAAAAUUGCUUACAAGUUACGUACAAAACCGAAGCACACAAGAACCUCAAUAUUCAACACAACAGAAUCAAAAUCACCCGAAACCUCAUCACCAAUUUGGGUUUUUUUGUUCCACAUCAAAUUUCUGUUUCUGUUUCUGAAAAAACCAACAAAUCACUCUCUCUUCCUUAUUUGCAUCAAAACCCACUUCCUCUUCUUCUUCUUCUUCUAGUACUUCGACCUUAAUAUUCGAUCUCAUGGCAACCUCCCAACAAGUAGAGCCAGAGACCAUCUGAUGACGUGGCGGCCAGGCUGAGGAAGCUGAUGGAUAGCCUUGGGUCCGAGUUCGGUGGGCCCAAAUUCGAGCCCCACAUAACCGUUGUUGGGGCCGUCCGUUUGACACCGGAAGAUGCGGUUGAGAAGUUCAGAUCAGCCUGUGAAGGCUGCAAGGCCUACACUGCCACCGUUGAUCGUGUGGCUACGGGCGCUUUCUUUUAUCAGUGUGUUUUCCUUCUCAUCCAUCCUACCACUGAGGUAGUGGAGACUAGUGCAAACUGCUGUGGUCAUUUUGGAUACAAGAACUCGACUCUAUUGCUACAGUAUAUAAACAGUACUGCUACAGUGCAAAACAGUAAUUUUUGUCCACCAAAGUCAACUUAUGCGGGCAGAAGAAAAAAAAAAAAAAAAAAAAAACAAAGAAAACGCAGCACCAAACAUGGACGCAGGAAAACGGGCAAGCCAAACGCCCUCAUAAUUUCUCCUAUUAGUGCUUGUUUCAGUUGUUUGUCUUGAAGAAACUACCCUUCUCAUUCUUUUUUAAGCCUGGGCUUUUGCACUUAUGAAACACGCAUUUGCUUCCUCUGAUAUGCAAUUGGUGGCUCAACCUUCCAGAAAUGAGAUUUUCAUUAUAUAGAAAGCGAAAGUGUGGAAUUUUAUGUUAUUUUCUUCUAUGGGGACAUUAGGAAAUGGAUUUUUGGGUUGUGAGGCUCCCUGUAUUCAUGAUUGGGCUGUAUAAUGUGCAGCUUACA